AUGAGGGGACUAGUCAUGGUGGUCAAUGAGAGGUGUCAUCAGAUGGUGCUGACACGUCAAAAUUUGACAAUGGAAGUGAGACUGAUUCUAAGGUAUAGAAGAGAUGUGGAUUUGAAAAAUCCUGAGUUUAGAUUAGGAAUGAAGUUUGCAAACAAAAAACUUCUGAUAGAGGCUAUCAAGGAGCUUGCAAUUAUAGAGGGUAGAGAAGUAUAUGGAUUAAGGAUUAAUAGAGAGGAAGGGACAUUUGCUAUAAAAACUUUGAGCCUAGAACAUCAGUGUGGAAGAGUGGACAAGCUUAGGCAUACUACAUCAAAAUGGCUUUGUGACAGAUAUGCAAACAUGCUGAGGCGCAACUUAGACUUUGAUCUGAAAUCAUUUAAACAAGAUGUGUUGGCAUAUUACAAAAUAAAUGUCACCAAACUUCAAGGUAGUACAGUGAAGAUUAAAACUCAGAUUGUGAAGGGUGAGACAGUGUUUCAAAGAAUAUAUGUGUGCUUGACUACCUGUAAGAAGGGAUUUUUACAAGGUUGCAGACCUGUUAUUGGUGUUGAUGGUUGCCAUUUGAAAGGGCCUUAUCUUGGACAGAUCUUGACGGCUGUUGGGGUGGAUGGGAACAAUGGUUAUUUCCCAGUAGCUUAUGCAGUGGUUGAUAUUGAGAGUAAAGACUCUUGGAUUUGGUUUUUCAAUCUUCUUAUUGAAGAUUUGGAGAUUACAAAUGGACAAGCUUGGGUAGUGAUUAGUGACAAACAAAAUAGACUUGUACUUGCCAUUGAGAGAGUACUUCCAACUGCAGAGCAUAGGAUAUGUGUGAGACACCUGUACAGUAACUUUAGGGCAUCACAUAUUGGUCUUGCUCUUAAACAUAUAUUAUGGGCUGCAGCAAGAGCUACAACUGUGCCUUGGUGGGAGGCAGAAAUGGAGAAGAUGAAAAAUGAGGAUGAGGAAGCAUGGAAGUGGUUGAAGAAGAGACUUGCAAGAAAUUGGAGCAGAUCUCACUUCGGAUCACAUUUUAAAUGUGAUCUUUUGUUGAAUAAUCUAUGUGAAAGUUUCAAUGCAGCCAUACUAGAUACAAGGGAUAAGACAAUUUUGAGUUACUUGGAGAGGAUAAGGGUGUAUGUGAUGCUUAGGAUGGCUAGUAGGAGGUCUGCAUAUCAGAAUUGGAGAUACUCUGUUGGGCCUAGGAUCUUCAAGAUAAUUGAGAAGAACAAGUUAGGUUCAUCACAAUGCAUUCCUAGAUUGGCUGGUGAGCAAUUGUAUCAAGUGAGCCACAUUUAUGGUGGAGAAUUUGUUGUAGACCUUAGAGCAAAGACAUGCUCUUGUAGGAGGUGGAAUUUAUGUGGAAUACCAUGUCCCCAUGCAAUCUCAGCAAUAUUUCAAAGAUGUGAAAACCCAAUUGCCUAUGUGGAUGCUUGUUAUAAGCUGAAGACUUAUAUGAAGGCUUAUGAACCAGUGAUUCACCCAAUCCCUUCAAUGAACCAAUGGAGUAAAUGUGGCCUUCUUCCAGUUAAACCUUUACUUUUUAAGCAACAACCGGGUAGGCCUAAAAGAGUUAGGACGAAGGAGCCUGGUGAGGUUGAAAUACCAGCCCCCAUCCCACCAAACCUUAUAUCUCCAAAUUAUAUUGCCCCACUAGCCAAGUUUAGAAGGGUUUUCAUUGAAAUAAGAUGUCGUGGAUGCGGUCAAAAAGGCCAUAAUAGGGCAACAUGUGACAAACAAAACAAAGAAACCCAACAGGUUCAUGCAUAUUCAACCCAAAUGGAGCAUGGUUCUUCUUCUAACACAGUAAAAGGGAGAGGCAUAAGCAGAGGGAGAGGCAUAAGUAGAGGAAGAGGAAAUGUUGCUCAAGCUACUGCUGACCCUAAUUCUCUACAAAGUAUGGCAAGAGGUAAUAGAGAAGGAGGCAGAGGCAUAAGUAGAGGAAGAGGCAAUGUUGCUCAAGCUACUGCUGACCCUAAUUCUCUACAAAGUAUGGCAAGAGGUAAUAGAGAAGGAGGCAGAGGCAUAAGUAGAGGAAGAGGCAAUGUUGCUCAAGCCCCUGUUUACCCAAAUUCACAAGAAAGUGUGACCGGAGGUAAUGGACAAGAAGUCUUACCAUCUUCACAUAUUGGCUUAGGAAGAGGUUUACCAUCUUCAAAGCUAAGUGCAAUUAGAGGUAGAGGCUUAGGAAAAGGCAUGGGGGCUGGAAGAGGCUUACUAUCUUCACGAUCAACUAUAGGUGGCAAGAGGAAGGGGACAAGGAGGACCAGCUUUGAACAACAUUUUCCCAUGAUAAUAACAUGGCCUCAAUAUAGGGGAAAUUAUUGCUAA